UUGACGUCAUAAGAGCUGCGCCAUAAGUUAUUUUUUGUGUUGUUGUUGUUUUUGAACGCUGUAUAUUAUACUGAAAUCAUCUUGCGUUACUAAUGUGAAAUUAUCAACGUAGAUUGUUGUUAAAAAUUAAUAUUGUAAUGUCUAAUGUGAUGUGGCGAUAGUUGACUGCGCAGCAUUUAUAAGUGUCUUUUUCUGUGCGUAAAGCGCAUCCACAUAUGAACAACAGAGUGAUUUACUUUGCAUUUCUUUUGCAUUCCAUUGCUUAUUCCCAACAUCUUAAAUGUGACCAGAAGAGUUCACGGAUAAAGAGGAGAAUGUCCAUUUGAAACAGCUGAGAUCUGCGUGAUAUACUAUUGUAAAGAUGGAGUUUAUUAAAGAGGAAAGUGAAGACAUCAGUAUUACACAACCAUGCAGAAUAAAAAGUGAAGAAGCUGAGAGAAAAAGAGCUAUGGCGGAUGAAUAUCUGGACACACUGUUGAUGGACGGACAAGAUCUGGCAGAAGAGUUUGAGGCCCAGCAACCAAAGAAAAUCAAAAAGAGAAGAAGUCAAGCAACCGCUGUGUUUUGGAGAGAGAGAGAUGAAAAAGGCAAUAUUGUUGCACAAUUUAAGAGGAAGACAAAAAAUCCAAACCCCAGACCCACCUCCUCCUGUGGAUCAGAGGAUGAUUUCCCAAGCCAGGAGAUGUUGCAGGAAAGUGAAAGGGUGCCAGGACAUGAGCUGAUGGAAGUGAAAGAGGAAAGUCAAGAACUGAAUGAAGAGGAGGAGAAAAAUCAGAGUCAGAAACCUGAUGAUGAACAGAAAAUGGAAUCAAUCAAAGUGAGCAUGAAAAACUGCAUAAACUGCAACAUGUCCUUUGGUGUUGCCACCAAGGUUUGCAGGGCAUGUGGGGUGGCACAGCCCAUGAAACAAAAGCUUCAAAACAAAAUAAAAAAAUAUGAUGCGACGUGGGCCAGUACUCAGAGAGAGAACCGGUCAAUAAGUAAAUUAUUUGAUGAAACAAAUCUCCUGCUUCACAAGUGGCAACAGGUUGGCAUGUACCCUCUCUUCUUGUUGGGGAGGAAAAGAGGGUCCAAGACUGUGGCAGAGUGCCUGUGCCCCAUCACAUUUAACCACCCCCAGUGUAAGGAGGCACAGCACACCAUACGGCAGAUUUUUGUUGGGCUGAUAAAUGCCGCCCACUCACCGGCCCUGUCACCAGUCGCCCAGCCACCGACUGCCCAGCCAUCAGUCACUCAGUCUUCGGUACAUCCACCAGUGACCCAGUAUUCUGCCCAGCCACCAGCUGCCCAGCCACCGGUCACUAAAUCUUUAGCCCAGCCACCAGUGACCCAGUAUUCUGCCCAGCCACCGGCAGCCCAGUCACCCAUCGCUAAGCCUAUAGUCCAGCAACCAGUGACCCAGUCUUCUGCCAAGCCACCUGUCACCCAGUCUUUGGCCCAACCACCAGUGACCCAGUCUUCUGCCCAGCCACCCAUUGCCCAAUUUUUGGCUAAGCCACGAGUGACUCAGUCUUCUGCCCAGCCACCCGUUGCCCAGUUUUGGACUCAGCAACGAGUGACCCAGUCUCCUGCCCAGCCACCUGUCGCUAAGUCUUUGGCCCAGCCCCCAGUGACCCAGUCUUCUGCCAAGCCACUUGUCGCCCAGUUUUCAGCUCAGCCACGAGUGACCAAGUCUUCUGCCAUGCCACCUGUCGCCCAGUCUUUGGCCCAACCACCAGUGACCCAGUCCUCUGCCCAGCCACCCGUUGUCCAGUUUUCGGCUCAGCCACGAGUGACCCAGUCUUCUGCCCAGACACUAGUUGCCCAGUCUCCGGCACAGCCACCAGUGACCAAGUCUUCAGCCCAGCCACCAGUAACCCAGUCUUCUGCUCAGCCACUAGUCACCCAGUCUACAACCCAGCCACCAGUGGCCCAGUCUCUCUGCUCUACACUCCCCACUUUGACUCCCUCCAAAGACCUGAUGGAAGUGAGAGAGGAAAAUCAAGAGCUGAAUGAAGAGGAGGAGAAACGUCAGUGUCGGAAACCUGAUGAUGAACAGAAAAUGGAAUCAAUCAAAGUGAGCAUGAAAAACUGCAUAAACUGCAACAUGUCCUUCGGUGUUGCCACCAAGGUUUGCAGGGCAUGUGGGGUGGCACAGCCCAUGAAACAAAAGCUUCAAAACAAAAUGAAAAAAUAUGAUGCGACGUGGGCCAGUACUCAGAGAGAGAACGGGUCAAUAAGUAAAUUAUUUGAUGAAACAAAGCUCCUGCUUCACAAGUGGCAGCAGGUUGGCAUGUACCCUCUCUUCUUGUUGGGGAGGAAAAGAGGGUCCAAGACUGUGGCAGAGUGCCUGUGUCCCAUCACAUUUGACCUCCCACAGUGCAAAGAGGCACUGAUUGUCAUACGCCGGAUUUUUGUUGGGCUGAUAAAUGCCGCCCAGUUACGAACCGAUCAGCCACCGACUGUCCAGCAACCCGUCACCUCGUCUCUCUGCUCUACACUACCCAAUCUGAUUAUAUCCAAAGAUGCACAACAGGAGGAAAGCAAAAAACUUGUUUCAUACAAAGAGUGCACGGUGCAUCCGGCAAUGGAUGUCUUUCCCUAUGAAGAAAUUCUAGAAAAAAGAAUAAGACAGGACGGUGAGUGUGAGGUGCUGAUUAGAUGGGCUCCUUGCCCUGGUUGCGGCCUAAAGUGGAGUGACUCAUGGGAGUUAGAGGACAACCUAUAACUUAUAACUAAGGCUACACAUACACACACUUACAGACACACUUAUAACUGUGAAUUUGUGUCUUUUACAUUUCAUUGACUGUCAUAGCAAAUAUUGUAACAAUAAACACACUGUUGGGAACAAA